AUGAAGAAAAAAGGAAAGCAGACCAAGAAAUUUGGGAUUCGCCGAACUAAACUCAAACAAGAGGCGAGGAAGAAACACGAAUCUGAACCCAUUCGUCCAGUAUUAUACACCCGACAUCUCAAAACCAACAAACAUAAAAAGCUGAAAAAAAUUGCCACUCCUCUGGCCGUUAACUCAGAAGAUGGUACCACAAAUCUUGAUCCACUCGAUGAUGACGAGCAGAAGCCUCCAGCUAGUUUUCGUGAGAUGAUGUGGUUGAAGCAGAACAUGGAGAGCAAACGUCCGUUUCGUCUGGAUCCAGAUGUUGGCGACACUAAGGGCAUGAAGAAGUUCCAGCCCACGAAACCACCGAAAAUUGGCAAAAAGGAAUCUGAGGAAGCGUUUUCUCGUCGAAUGGAGCGGGCAGCGCAAGAAGAACUGCUGAAAGUGAAACUGUCCAAGAAGGCAAAUGCACCGCUCGCAAAUCCGGAGACCUACAAGCCGAAAAAGGCAAAGAAGUCAUUGAAACGUCUUGCCGAGAAGAAGUUUAUCAAAAAGCAGUUUCGGCAUGAGAAGCGCCUGACGGGUUUCGAACAUCUCGUAGAUAAUGUGAAAUUCGGCGAGGUCGUGCAGGCACCCCCGGUUCUAAAAACGAUGCCUAAGAAGGUUGGAGGCAAAGGCGGCGGUGGCGGUGGCGGCGGUGAAAGUGGACCGGAACCUCUUUCUCUUGACCAGUGA